UAGCACCUCCUCUUGUUCAGCACCCAAAGGACGAAAGUGCGAGAUUCGCCUGUGUUGUCUAUUAUAACCAAUUCUUACUGUCCAUAUUUGUGUAGAAACGUACUGAACAGUUUAUUUUCUUUUGAUGUGAGAAACCUAUUUGGUGUCAAACAUGCGUAAAAACCUACGCCAUCCAAGCAGGGAACCGCCGAGAAAGGAAUUAUCGCCGCUCAUCUGAGGCCAAACUCGCAUAUUUUGUUUUGUCAAGUAAGGAAACAAAACAAUAUAUCACCACGACGAUACCCACUACUCAGGGACCUAAAAAAUAUCUACAUUCGUUUUACAGUUGGAAACUUUGUAGGUAUGGGGGCGUUCCUGGACAAGCCUAAGACAGAGAAGCAUACGGCCCAUGGUGAGGGCAAUGGGCUGCAUUACGGCCUGAGCUCCAUGCAGGGCUGGCGGGUGGAGAUGGAGGAUGCCCACACCGCCAUGGUGGGCCUGCCCCACGGCCUCACCGACUGGUCCUUCUUCGCCGUCUACGACGGGCAUGCCGGCUCUCGCGUUGCCAACUACUGCUCCGCCCACCUACUGGAGCACAUCCUAUCAGGGGGGGCGGAGUUCACCCCGGGUACUGGCUCAGUGGAAGGUGUAAAGGAUGGGAUCCGCACGGGCUUCCUGAAGAUCGACGAAUACAUGCGCAGCUUCACGGACCUGCGACAAGGGCUGGACCGCAGCGGCUCCACGGCGGUGGGUGUGCUGCUAAGCCCCUUCCACCUCUACUUCAUAAACUGUGGCGACUCCCGGGCCGUGCUGAGCCGAGAUGGACGAGUUGGAUUCUCUACACAGGACCAUAAGCCGUGCAACCCCAGAGAGAAGGAGCGUAUCCAGAACGCAGGGGGGUCAGUGAUGAUCCAGCGGGUCAACGGUUCCCUGGCCGUGUCCAGAGCCCUGGGGGACUAUGACUACAAGUGUGUGGAUGGGAAGGGUCCCACAGAACAACUGGUCAGCCCAGAGCCAGAGGUGUGUGUGUUGGAGCGUGCUGCGGAGGGGGAUGAGUUUGUGGUGCUGGCGUGCGACGGGAUCUGGGACGUGAUGUCCAACGAGGAGCUGUGCGAUUUUGUCAGGUCCCGGCUACAAGUGUUUGACGACCUGGAAAGAGUCUGUACUGCCGUGGUGGACACCUGUCUGCACAAGGGCAGCAGAGAUAACAUGAGUGUGGUGUUGGUGACUUUACCGGGAGCUCCCAAGGUGUCUGAGGAAGCCCUGAAGAGAGAGGAGGACCUGGACAAAUACCUGGAGACACGUGUAGAGGAUUUGCUGGGUGGCUGUGGAGAGGAGGGGGUUCCUGACCUGGUGUCUGUUCUGAGGAACAUCGCCUCUGAGAACAUCCCCAACCUUCCGCCUGGAGGAGGCCUGGCCUGCAAGCGCAGUGUGAUCGAGGCGGUGUACAGCAGGCUGAACCCACAAAGAGAAGAGGAAGGGUGUGAUCUGGAGGACCCCUGGUAGUCGUGGUAACUGCGACCCCGGUCUCCUCCUGUGAUUGGUCUAGCCACCCAGAGGGAGAGUUGCCUCCUCCACGUGCCCAGUGGACGACGUGUGUGUGUGCGUGUGAGGAUGAACACACCCACACACACACUCUGCUUUUCCUCGGGAGGAGUGUGUUUUUGGAGGUGUUGCGGUUGUUUUAAGGACUGAUGAAGCGCCUGGAUGGUAGAAGUUUUUUACCAUCCAGGUUUUCUGGUGUUUUAUUUUGUUGUUGUUGUUGACAUUGAUCACCUGACUACACAUGGACAUGAGGACCUGGGGUGGAUUUAUAUAUAUAUGUGUGUGUGUGUGUGUGUGUGUGUGUGUGUGUGUGUGUGUGUGUGUGUGAGAAAGGAAGUUUGGAGGUGGGGAAUUGGGACCCAGACUGGUUCAGUCAGGUACUUGUCUUGGACUCUGUACUGCCUGAAAACCCCAACCGCCCGAACACACACACACACCCUAAAACCUUACACACCACGCCCUGCAAAUGCAUGUAUCUCUCUCUCUCUCUCUCUCUCUCACACACAGAGGGUGGGGGGGUCCACGUGCUACAUGUUGCCGGUUAUACAACCCCCCAUCCCUCACAACCCUCUCUGCUCCACGCCACAGCUACUGAACAGGUAUUGGUUAAAACUGAUCCCACCUGACCCCCUAUGUGCCACGCCACAGCUACAGGAUGGGUAUUGGUUCAAACUGAUCCCACCUGACCGCCUCUGAUUGGUUCCUCCUGAUGGAUGGAGAUUUCUGAUAAUUUUUAUUUUCUGUUUGCUGUCGGAUAAACGAAGGAGAAGAGCGGUAAAAAGGAGAGGGAGAGGAGUGCUGAAUCCCAAACCAGUCCCUUCCACUCGCUCCAAUGCCCUCGAUUUGUGCAUUCAUGUGAGCCCGCCAUAUGCACGUGUCCCAAAGCUGAGGGAGUGAAAAUAUUGAGGGGUUUAGGUCUAAUUAGUCUCUCCGAUAGACACUUCAACCUGGCUUCACAGCAACCUGGUGUGUGUUGGAAUACUACGAAGUGCAAUUUCAUAAAUAACAUUGAAAAGUUGUGCUUAAUGAUAAGGCACUUGCAUUUAUUUUGUGAAGCAGUGAAAUGCAUCCCAAAUUAAAUGUUCAACUGUUAGUGUGGUUUAAAUCUUGUUAAACAAUGGGGAAUUUCUCAAUUUGAAUUACAUGUCCAUUUUUAUUUAAUUUAUGAACUUGAAAUGAAUCGUUCAAGUCAUGACUGUCCCGAAGUUGGUCGGGGUUAUUGACUUGACACGCCGGAAAUCAGUUUUGUCAGGAAGUGUGACAGUGGAGUGAUUUCCGAGAGAGUUGGUAGAGGCGAGGGACUGGUUUGGGAUUCGGCAGAGGACUACAGCGUUUUCUGUUCUCUCUGGUAGGGGUGGGCUCACAAUGGUGGACUCUGGGCGUGGUGGCGUUCUGUGUGACCAGCUGAACUGAGGGAGGGGAGAGAUCAGGGGUUAGGGUAGAGUUUCUCAAACUCUGUCCUGGGGACCCCAAGGAGUGCAAGUAAUAAUAAAGAAAAUGCCCUAACACUACACAGCUGAUUCAAGCAAUCAAAGCUUGAUGAUGAGUUCAUUAUAUAAAUCAGUGGUGUUGGUGCAUGGGCAAAAAACUAAACGUGGACCGAGUUUGGAAAACACUGGGUUAGGGUGUCACGGUUGGACCUGCUGCAUCAAAAACAGACCGCUCACCUACUCCCCUCCGCUCUCCUGAUCAGAGGCUCAAUAGUUAACCUGAUCACUUUGAUCAAAAACAGACAUCUCCUGGACCCCACCGUCUCACCUAUUCCCCUCUGCUCUGCCCACCUGAGUAAAGCAGGAUCAAUGGUUUCCCAAAAGCAUUUUAAGGCUAAGCUCAUCGUUAGAAACGUUGUAGGAGCGUCGUUAAAUCUCUGAGCCGUUUCCCAAAAUCAUUGUUAUUAACGUUGCAUUUGAAGAUGCUCGUAAUCUAACGCCUGCAUUAGAUCACCUCAGAACAGCUGAGUUGGAUGGAUUGUUUUUGCCCUCCCACGUCACUUUAUACACAGAUCUCCGCUAAACAUAAUCACAUGGUUUAUCAGUCUCUGUGACCACCGAUAACUUCAGAACAAAGUUGACUACAAAUACAAAGUUGCCAAUGUCUUUGCCAUUGAAACAGUGGGAAGCGACAUAUAAAAAGAUGCUUCAAAAUGUACUGUACUGUAGGAUGCUGUCUGUAAUUUGUAUCAAUAUAUUUCAUGACGUGUAGCCUAACAAAUCAGUGAUAUAGUGCAUUUGUUAUUGAGUAAGCAUUCAAAAAUAAGCCGUCUCAAUAUUUGCAGCUGUAGGUGGUAAUAUCUCUCUAGAAGCUGAUCCUUCGUCAGUUUUGUGAAAUAAUGAUAAUGUAAAGAUGUAAAUGGAGUAAGCUGAUCCGAGAGCAGCACUCCAUUUCGAUCCUAUCAGUAUCAACACAUGCUCCAACGAUGCACUUAGUUCUCUACGCGUGUUUUUUUGGGGGGAAACAUGUUAUAUCUUCAGGCGGUUGUAGGAAAUAUGCAUCGUUAAGACACUUGUAUGCCUAAGGUCCAUCGCUAUCGUGAAACCGGGCCCAGAUCACAUUGAGCAACAUUCACGCGUAGCUGUUGAUUUUACGGAGUAUUACGAAAGCUAAAGUUGAAUUCAAAUCAGUCUCCGUAAACUAGGAAAUAUGGAGUUGUUUAAGAAUAUUUAGGAGCUUUAGCUAAGUCUUUGAUCCUGCUUUGUGACAUCAUCCUCUGGUUGGCCGCCAGAAGCCCUACUCCACAAUGUGGUGUCAUCAUAGACUGCAGGGCAACUUCCUGGUUACGGAAAUCACCAACACACUGCCAAAACUGACACUUGACUCUUCCCAAUGUGAUCAGUCUUCUUGGCAGAUAAAAAUGUUGCGGUUGUCUGUAAAGCAGAGUGCUGCCCCAUUUGUGUAUGAUGUCAUAUUGUGGAGUGUACCUUUUUAACCCAGGUAGAGUCCCAGUGUUAAUCCUGUGUACCUGGUUCAGACUACAUCGGUAAUGUUUGUAUUUGCUGUUGUUUGAUUGCACUCACAUUUGAUUACAGAAAGCGUCUAUAUAUGAAAUAAAAUACCUGCCAAGGA